UGGUCUGUCCGCUUACUUCUACGUCACUUCCGCCGUGUCUCGCUGUGUGCGUUUUUUCGUGCAAAGAUGGCGUCCGCACAGUUGACGGAUGAGGAGCUUGUGUCUGAAUUGAAACGGCUCGGCUUCACCCCGGGCCCGGUAACGGAGAGCACGCGGCCCGUGUACUUAAAGAAACUGAAGAAGCUGUGGGAAGAGCAGCCACAGCCGCGGAGCUCCCGGAGUGGAAAAGGACGCAGCAGCAGCGGGAGUAUCAACAGCAACGGCAGCAGCGGCGCUAGUAACAGCAACGCCGCGGCGCGAGCUCCGGGAUUCAACGCAAGGCCACCGGGCAGUGACGUCACGCGUCUGAGCGCCAGUCGGAGCGAGAAGCGCAGAGCCGGAAAGUUCGUGCUGGGCUUCAGCUCGGACGAGUCAGACGUGGAGGCGCCGCAGAAGAAAGGAGGCCCGAAUCACGGGGGCAGCAGGAGAGACCGAGGAUCUGCGCAGCAGACACCCACCAUCAGGCCUGCGGGAACACCCGCCGCUGCCUCCCUCGGGUUAUCCGCGGACAGCAAAAGCAUUUCUGGUUCUCCGUGGUGGGCCGACCGAGGUCAACCCAACAAUUUGGAAGAAACGGAAAAAGACAGUCGGGCUUUGAACGGGAAUAAGGAGUUUUAUGAAUCUAACAGUAGUAAGUUAGCCAGGGAUUACUCUGAUUCAGACGACGAGGAGGAAGAGGAGGGUGAACGAGACCGUCCCCGCGAACGCCGUCUGACUUCCAGACACAGUCCACCCCCCUCCUCUUCCCCGCACCGGAGCGUCUGGAACUCAGAGAAGACGGCGCUCGGCGCGCGUGAUACUCCUGACUUCGGUCUAGAAAUGAUCGCGGAUCGGAGGGACGACGAUGAGAAAGAACUGAGAGAGUUCACCGGAAGCUACGUGAGCCACAGCUUCCCGAAACUCUCCGGGAUUGACGGCAGCAGCCCGUCCGGUUCCUUUAAUAAGAACCACCUCGACAGCGGAGACUGCGAAUCCCCCUGCGGCAGCAGUCGGUUCAGUAUCGGGCUAAGACCGCGCUUUCCCUCCUACACGGCGACCUACCGAGCGAACCACUCGAACCAUACCGGUUCCAACGACUCCUACAGCCAUGCCUCAGCCCUCAAGUCCAAGCAGCACAGCACUGUCCCGGAGGACGAGCUCCUGCAGCAGUUUAAACGGGAGGAGGCGUCCGCCACCGGCGGUUUCAGCGCUCAUUACCUGUCCAUGUUCCUCCUGACAGCCGCCUGUCUGUUCUUCGUCCUGCUGGGCCUCGUGUACCUGCGGAUGAGGGGCUCCAGCACCUCCGAGGGGGAUGCAGUCAUCAUGCAUCACCCGUUCGGACCUGAGUUUGAUCAGAGUUAUGACGUCAAAGACCGAGACCUCAUCCUUAACCUUCUCCUGUCUCUACAUGAGCACCUGGCCAGUGUUGCAGGAGAACAUGAUUGUGGAGACCUUAAAAAUCAUUUAAACAGAAGUGUCUCUUUCAGUGAUGCCUCUUCAUACCUCAAGCUCCAAAAUGAAGCCUAUGAAAACUUGAUUGAAACCUCUUUAGAGUGGAUCAUGAAAACCAAAGAUUUUGUCGGUAUAAGGUUGAUUGGUGCCGACCCUGCUCAACCCGUAGAGAACGUAUCGGAAAUCUCAAGACUGGAGUCCAUCCACCCCCGCAUGUCCUUCUUCUGCCGCCUCAGACGCGCCUUCUUCACUGUGAUCUACAAAGUUCUCUUCAUCCUUGCAGGCAUCGGUGUAGUUUUGGGUUUGGUGUAUUACAUGAAAUACAGAUGGCGCAAAGAAGAGGAGGAAACUAGACAGAUGUAUGACAUGGUAGAGAGAAUCAUUGAUGUAAUGAGAAGCCACAAUGAAGCCUGUCAGGAAAAUAAGGACUUGCAGCGGUAUUUGCCCGUCCCUCACGUCCGUGACUCUCUUGUCCAGCCUCAAGAAAGAAAGAAGAUGAAGAAAGUGUGGGACAGAGCUGUCGCGUUCCUGUCAGCUAAUGAGUCCCGUAUUCGGACAGAAACACAGAGGAUUGGAGGGGCGGACUUCAUAGUGUGGCGGUGGCUUCAGCCUUCAAUGUCACCUGAUAAGAUGUCCAGUAUGCCCUCCAAAGUGUGGCAAGGCCAAGCAUUUCCGCUGGACCGAAGAAAUUCGCCACCAAACAGCUUAACACCAUGCUUGAAGAUUCGCAACAUGUUUGAUCCUGUAAUGGAAGUGGGGGAAAACUGGCACCUCGCCAUACAAGAAGCCAUUUUGGAGAAGUGCAGUGAUAACGAUGGAAUUGUUCACAUAGCCGUUGACAAAAACUCAAAAGAGGGCUGCGUUUAUGUGAAGUGCCUUUCAGCAGAGCAUUCUGGGAAAGCCUUCAAAGCACUACAUGGCUCCUGGUUUGAUGGUAAGCUGGUGACGGUCAAGUAUCUACGCCUGGAUCGCUACCACCAGCGUUUCCCACAAGCCCUGGGCUGCAACAUGCCCCUCAAGCCCUCCAACUCCAGCAUGAACAGCAUGUCUCGCCUGAACCAGCGAUCCAGCACGUCCAGCUCACUGGGUUUCUCAUGAGGGACAUCCUAACGGCCACCACCAUCCUCUCUGCUUCUUUCUCCUGUGUCCUCGUUAUCUGAGAGAACCGCAUCCAGGAGCUUUUACAGUUGGGCCACCAGGGAUGCCCAAUCAGUUUUGUCAGCCAUAUGCAAACAAUGGUGUUUAAACCUGUGAGCUGCUGUGUUUUUUCUUUUUUCCUGUCCUUCAGUAUCAAGGAAAGCAAGGGAGAUGCACACACUGGCAUGAAACCGGUGGAGAGAGUUGCUCGGUCCGAUGAGAACUUUUAGUAGAGGUGUACGAUGCAAUCUCUGUCCUUCUCAUAUCUGGUGCAAGUGGACACAAAUUUCUGUUUCUUAUGUAUUUUCUUUGUUUUUGAUAAACCAAUACAAUGACAAAAAUGGCUUCCAACUUUAAAUCUUACAACACAAAUGAAAGUUUUCCGGCCUCUGCUUAUUUUUUAUGUAACUAACUCCCCUCCUUAAUUCCAGGGAGCUCCGUUGGGCUAUACAUAGCUGCAUGUGCUGGUUAAAGUAUGCCUAUAUUUAAGCUUUGAAUUGUACCAUAUAUUGUGGAUGUUUAUUUCCCUGAUAAUGUUUUAACUGAUGUAUUCCCUGUAUUAUUUUUUUUCUUUCCUAUUUUUUGUUUUGUUUUAGUUUUUAGUCCAAGAACAGCAUGCACACACUCUAGAAAGGGGUGCUGUAAAUAUCUCAUUGAAUGGUGGUGGUUGAAAUCAUCUGUUUGAAUUGAAAUUGUCAUAAGCUCUCGUUUGUUUCUUGCCAACAGAAUAACUACACUGCUGCAUUUAGAGAUGUGUGAUGUUGAAGGGUCUACAUGGCUUUGUGAGGGAAAUGAACAAUUGUGUUCCCCUUCAAUGCCAUGUUUCUGAACACUAGUCUUAAUUGUAACAGCCUGAUUAUAUUCAAGUAUAGAAUUAUUUACUGUUGUUUUUGUUUAUAUUUUAAAAGUUAUGCUUUUCCCAUUAUAAUUGGUGCUGUCGGAUGUUCUUUUUUUUCCCCUGACCCAUCACUUGGCAGAUUUUAUAUGCCAUCCUGUUGCUGUUUUUAAUCUGUCCCCGACCCUACUAAAUUUCCAAAGGAGACGUUUUUGAUGGAAGUUGUUUUUCUGACUUUCUUAUACACACUUGUGCUACAGUUGCAGCCUGAUAUGGCGGUCUGAUUCUAAUUUGUAUUGGGACACAUUCAUAAACAGAGCAUGUCAUGUCUAUUUUGGAACAAAGAAAGAUUUAUCAGCCUUUGUUUAGAUGCAGUUCGGGUGGAUAUGAGGUAAAUAAAAUGUACUUGUUUAUUA